AUGCUGGAUGAUAACUACGUACAAAUGUUAAUAUCGAAAAAUGUUAAUGCAAGGAAUAAGGAAAACAAAAAAUAUGAAGCUUGGGAAGAAAAGGGGAAAACAAACAAGUACAUUCUACACCUGCAGAAGCUGUACAAAGAGUUCAAGUUCGAGGAAUGCCUAAAUUACGGAUUAGAAAAUAUUGAAAAAUUAAAAAAAAAAAAUUAUGUAGGCAAAAUUGAAUUCUUAAAGAUCAUAGGAAAUGUGUAUUUUUAUUUAGAAAAUUAUAAGUACAGCUCCCUUACGUAUAUUUUGCUGUCCAAAUAUUUGAACAAAGUCUCCGAUGGGUAUAAAGUAGAAGUUUGUUACAAUGCUGGGGUUGUGUUUAUAAGAUAUUUCUUACAGAGCAAUGAUAUUAGUUACUACUUGAAUGCCAAAACGUCAUUUCAUUGUUCCAUGUUGUAUAAUGAAAAAGGCAGUAAACACUUUAAUCCAACGAUAUAUGAAAAUACUGUGGGCAUACUGAGGCGACAUUUCGCCUUAGAUGCAGAGAAACGGACGAAGGAGGUGAAUCAUCAUAAUAAUCUUUUUGCUCAUUCAUCCCUUGAGAAUAUUUUUUUGGAGGGCGGUACAGAUUUGACAGCUUCGUCCCAUGCGAACAAUUCCCAAGGGGAAGGCCCCCAGACGAAGGAGUUCUUUUCCAUUGUGGAUUCCAAAUCGUGCACAAUUAAAAGUGAGAAGCACAAGGGGGUUUUGGAUGCCAAGAGGGGGAAAGGUAAAAAUCAGGACGGUGAUGAAGACGUGUAUUUGGACUCGAACAACACAGCAACGUUUUCCAUUUAUGAUGAAAGUAUUGAUAUGCGAAAUUUAGUCUUAAGGAAAAGUAACGCCUUGGCGAAUGUGGAAAAAGCGCCCACUGGGGGAAGCUGCCCCAACAUACAGCUGAAAGAGGAUGGACAAGACGAAACGGGUUUGUCGGACCAUAAUUUGGUAAACGUAUUAAAUAAGGAAAGCAGCAUGACCAAUAAUUUUUGCAACAAUUUGAAGAACAUGUUAUUUAGAAAGCCCGUAAACACCUUCUUAAAUAAUUCUGCCUCGCCAAUGGUGAAAAGCAAAUCCAACACAUUCUUAGAAAGCACCCCGGUAGGUAUGAUAAGGAGUGCUUCCCAGAACAUUUUGAAGAAACGUUGCGGCAGCAGCAUGAGCAAUUCUCCCGUAAAUUUUUUGUCUGAGCCUACGGGCAAUAUUCCAAGCAGUUCCUGUAGCAAUUUUUUUAACAGCUGCACGGGGGGAAAUGCUUUGAUUGAUUCUCCAACGUGCAUGGUGAGAAGCAGCGAAGGGAAUAAUGUGAACAACGCUUCGCCAAUUUUUGGAAGCAGUUUCCCACACAAGCGAACGCCGCAGCAGAAGAGCAUCAUAAAAUGUAUGCGCAGGAGUACAGAUGAAAGGAUCCAUGAGGAGGGCCCUCACACGCCGUCUAAUUGGAACGAGUGUACAGCUUCUGACUCUAUGCCACCAAUUGAAAAUAAUUUAUUGCAUCAUAAAAAGAGAAAGACUAAUCAGGAUACUUCUCAUUCCGCUUCUUGUGAAAAUAAUGUCCGAAUGGGCAGCAAUAUGUUUCGCUGGACAAAGGAUAAUAAAAUAUGCACAUAUGAUUAUUACAAUGUUCAGGAGAAGGAACAUAUAAGUGACCGAGUUGGGAAUGGCGCAAGGGGGGAUGUGUUGCUGGACAAAGCGAAGUGUGGCAACGCAGUGGAGGAAGGAGCAGUGGAACUGAUGGAAAUCGAUGAUGACGUGGUCAAGUGGGAGAAACCCAAAAAGGUGAAGAUCAAAAGGAGCCAGACCAAAAGGGAUAAAGACAAAAAAGGCAAGAUAGGCAAAGCCAAGUGUAGAAGACCCAGUACCCUGUUUGACGAACUGUUUUCAAAUGGAUCCCUCAAUGGAUCCCUUCUUAGCAAAGUAAGAAAGGCAUGCAGACAGUACCAGUCCAAUUUGAUCAGUGAAUACUAUCACAUUUACCACUCGAAAAAAAAGACAAAAAAAGCGAAACAAAUUAUAAAAAGAAAAAGAAUUGCGGAUUUGUUUCAUGAUUUAUAUGAAAUAUGUAAAAAAAACAAGCACGACUUUUUGAUGACAUUUGUUGAUCAAGAGAGUCGUAGUAAGGGGGCUUCAGACGGAAGUCCAUCUCGACAGGCAGGAGUGAGAACACGAAUGCUCAAUAAUAAUGAGGUUAUGAGACGGGAAGGGAUAGAAUACUACACGCCUAAUUUUAGCCCUAAUGGGUGUAACGGACAUUUGAACAUGUUGGAUAAAGAUGAAGUGAGUAGAGAAGACAGCAGGAAAGGUAAUCUGCUCAUUCCUGUUGUAGAAGGUACAGACCACUGGGUUAAGCCAGAGGCAGGGGGCGAUGCGCCUAAUAGUGUACCUAAUGACGCAGGAGGCACGGUAAAUGUUUUACAAAUGAAUUGCGUAGAGAAAGAGGUGUACAGAAAGGACCUCCAAUAUGAGCAAAGAAGCGAGGUGCAGGGGCAAAACACACAUUCGUUCGACCUGUCCCGCUUUGUCAAUCUAUACAGCCAGAUCAGGAGUAGCCAGCACCACGAGCAUGUAGAGAAGUGUCAGAAGGAAAAAAAGGAGAUCGAGGAAGUGAUCAUCCUAAGUAUUAACAAAAUAAAUAAAAAAAGAAUCAGAGAUAAAGUAAAGAAAUUAAGUUCACACAACAAUUCCAUCCUGUCCAACAUUGGCGAUAAGUACAUUGAUGACAUGGACGAAUUAUUUCUUAUAAAAAAUUACUCAAAAAUUUUAAAAAGCAUUAAAAGAAAUGACAGCAUAAAGCAUAUUUAUUAUUUAUAUGAAAAUAUGUAUGCCAUAGAUAAAUUCGAUCAUAUUAAUGGGAGUAAUUUUUUUAACAUUUCUCAUUUUAUCAUCGACAUUUUAUUGUUGAAGGAGAUAAAACAAAAGGAUUAUUUGAAGAAAAGAAUUCACAAAAUGAAGUACUCUUAUCAACAUUAUUAUGCCAUUUAUGAUGACGGUGAUAACGGGGCCCUUUUUAAGGACAUCCUCAGGCACCUUAUUAAUCCUUCCAUUAAGGACACCGUUAAGGAUGACCCUAAGACGGUGUCAGCCGAUUGUAUGCGCACAAGGCACCCACAGCAGGGCUUCAAUCUUUUGUCUUUCAUUUUGAAAGAUAAAAGAAUAGAGGCUGGCUUGAACGAACAGAAUGAUCCGUACCUUAACGUCAAAUUUAGUUCUACCACCACUGUUAAUAACAGCGACACCUAUUCGUACACAAAUCAGAAGAAGGAGGAACUCCUGGGGGACAGAAUGAAUGAGGUGUUGUCCGGCGAAAGGCACAGCAGUGAACAAGUGAGUGGCGGCGGAACCAACUCUUGUUUGUUUUUAAAAAACAAUGCAAGCGCAGUGGUGAAGCAGAGCGGUGCGAAGGAAGAAGAUGCUAAGGAAGACGACGUGAAGAGUUCCACAGGCGACACGAUUGAUACAACGGAUAGGAAUAAACCAAUUUUGCGUGACUUCUUGAGCAUAUCGAGCAGCAGCCAACAUGGAGAACCGAACCGUGGUAGCAUAAGCUGCAUGGCGCGUUCAUACAAGUGCGAAAUGGAGAAGCUGUACCUCGAAAUGAGCAAGGAAGAUGAGGAAAUUUUGGACGUGGAAAAGUUUUACGAACACAUGAAUGUGUCAAAUGCGAGUAGUGACGAAUGUAGGGCCAAGGCGGAAGAGGUUGUCAUGAUGCUCUUUUAUCACUACUGUGAUGAGGGGGGUAAAGGCGACUCUGGGGUCAGUAGCGAGAAUAACGUAAGUGGUGAGCGCUUUGGUGAGUUCACCAUCAGAACGGCUCUGUUUAAAAUAUUUUUCUUCUUCACUAGCAACGGCAUAAUUAAUAAAAAGAAUUUGCACGAGUAUGUGACCUUUUUGCGGCUGUACCAGUUGUACCUGGACAGUAUCAAUUGCGACCCCUUAAUCUAUUUCUACCACAACAUUGAAACGGACUCUGAUAAAUUUGUCAACCCCAUGGACAGGAAAAAUGUAGUGCGCGAAGAUUUUACGUCCUCUAUCAUGUUUGAUAAUUACCUAAAUGUGAUUCACUGUCAUUUGUACAUGCUCAAAUUGUUGCACAAGUCUUAUUUGAAUAAAUUGAAGAGGAAGCACACGUAUGAUAAAGUAAAUUUAGAAUAUAUGAUUAAUCACACUUUUAACAUAUUAAAUUGUGUCCUAAUUAAGUACAGUUAUGAUGAAGAGGCUAGGGUGGUCAGAAAGCGCGUGGUGUUUUUAUUUUUGCAAUUCCUUUAUCUGAACUCGAAAUAUUAUUUUAAAAAUGUAACUCUUUUUCUGGAUAAGUAUGACAUAAACUAUUUGGUUAAAAGCGAAACUGGAAAUUUUCGUAAAGUGAAUGCCGAUGUGGGGCGCAUGCACUCGGUUUGUAUGAACGCCGGGGGGAGGGAUCAAAAGGGGAAGGGACAAAGGAAGGGGGAUGUACACGAAGGGAAUAGAGAAAUGGGUGAAGAGAAUUUCGUGGAAGAAGACAUGUGGAGAAAACGACCGUAUGAUUAUGAUGAGCGGGACGGAUACCUGCACAAUGGUCAAGCGAAUGCAAAACAGGGAUAUAUUCAGGGGGCUGGGGAAGGACAAAGAAGUAGCGCAGAUGACGUAUUGGAUAAUGAAGGCGAUGCUUAUGACGAGGACCAUCAUCACUGUGAUGAGCACAGUGUAGCUGGAGAAAAGCAUUACCUCUAUGAAGGGAUAGGAUUUAGAGAGGAAGCACAAGACAGAGGUCGAAAAGGUAUUGAGACAUUGGGGGAACACAGCAAUAAUCAAGGUAAUAAAAGGGAUCCAUUUGUUAAUAAAAAUGAAUGGCGAAACGAUUUGUUAUCAGAGGAAGAAGAACUCAGAACAGGAAAAUGUAAAACCCACAAUUCAUCCAUCAGUAAUAUGAAUACAUUUAAAAAUGUAUUUACCAAAUUGGAUCAAAAUGUGAACAUAGCCUUUUCUUCCUUUUUGAAAUGCUAUCAUAAGUGUUUUUUUAUAUUAAAUUUGCGAUUAUACGAAAAUGAUAUGUUCAGAAGAAUUGUGUGGAAGGUCGUCCAGCGAAUUGUAAGAUACUGUAACGAUCUGUACACCAUUUUAAAAAUAAAAAAAAUACCAAUAAAUAAGAGCUACAAUUAUGUGUUUGACAAAAUUAAUCACAGUUUGUACAGUAAGAACAUUUUUUCAAGGCCUUCCUUUUUUGAAGUAUUAAGAGAAGAUAAUUACGUUAGGAAGACUUACACUGCUCAUCAAAAAUAUAUAGAAAAAGAGGGGAGAAGACGAAUACCUUCUCAUGGCAUUCCGGAUGCAGACCAGAAUGACGUACUGAACAUACUAAUCACGGUUGCCAGGUUUAACAGAGGAGAGUGCCAGAGGGAAAAGAUGAACAAAAAAAAAAAAGAGUUCAUUUUCCUUGUACACUCGUACAAGUACAUAAAGAAAUGCAUUUGCAAGGAACUGAAAGAAAAUAGCAUCCUAAGUUUAUACAAAAAGGCAAAACAACUGGAUGAAAAUUUCAGCCAAAGCAUUGAAUAUCUCCAUUCCCUGUUUGACACAAGACUUUGCAUGUUGUCUCUUGAUUUCGAGCUGCAAAAUAUUAUUAUCGAAUUUUUAAAUCGGUGCAUGGAUUUCAUGAAGCAAUAUGAACAGGAACAAGACCCCCGGUUUGUGAUAAUCAACAAAAUGAUGAAUGUGUACAGUUGUGUUUUCUCUCUUUUUUAUUUGCGUCUGAAUUCCUUUUCAGAAUUUCACACAAAUAAAUUGUCAAAAAUUUUGGGCAUUGAAAAAAAUAUUUUUCAUUAUGAUGAUCAACCCACUUGGCAUAUGCUUAACAUUUUUAAUUUUAUAAAUUUUAGAUACGGAUGUUCCUACAGAUUUUUGAAUACCAUUUUUACUUCCUUCCAUGUGCUCGUUAAUAUGCUGGUUAAAAUUGACGCCCACGUGGAGAUGGACAGGAAGCGCAUAGGGAGAGGAAAGUGCAGAGGGGUCACGCAAAUGAAGUCAGCGAGGAGCACACAUGCCAACAAGGGACAACUACCCAAUUACGAACAAGUACAAAAAAUCAUUGAUCGGGAAAAAAGGAAGAAAUUGAGGAGCAAAGGAAUGCAACAAACAGUACGUGGAGUACGCUUUGGAAAAAGAAUCAUUUACAAAAUUGUAAAAGAGGUGAAGAAAAAAGUUACCGUGAAUGGCAAACCCAAAAUAAAAAAUAGCAUUUUAGAAAACAUGAUUGGGAAGAGGAUGAAUAAAUAUUUUGUCAACCCCUUGGGGGGUAAGGUAGGCAUGAAGAAAUUGGACCACCAAAUGGGUGAAAUGGGUCAUGUAGACCGGAAGGAAGGAGUAGGAAGUGUGUUAAGUAGCACGUUGUGCGGCGCGGAGAAGGCUUACCGCUGGGGUUAUCGUGCUGAUCCCCUGUCAGCAAUUCACACCGAGUCGCACGUAGAAACGAUCGCCGCCGCGGACAGGUGUCUAGUGAGCAAAAGUAAAAUGGUUGUGAGAACCAAGGGGGGGAAGUUUCAGAUGAGCCACUUGAAGCAGAGUAGUCGAAGUCAACGCAUUUUACAGAGCUAUGGAAAUUUAAAAAAAAUAAAAAAAAAAUUGAAGAGAAAAAUAAACAAUGUGUGCUAUUUUAAAUACAUUGCCGUGAUAAACAAAAGUCAGAAUAAAAUUUACACCACCCUCAGUCGCACCUAUGCUCAUAUUGUGUUUAUACUUAUAUCAAUUUUGCACAUUGAAAAUUAUAACAUUUUGCAUUUAACAAAGAACCAAGAUUUUUUCAUUAACAACGAUAUAUACAACGCGUACUAUUUAUUUUUGCACAUCUCGAGCAGCGUCAUUUUGUUACUUUCGUCCGUGUUAAAAACGUACUUGCAUUUUAAUCCCUCUGUGAGGUUAGAUAAAGAGGAAAUUACUGGGCCAAAACUUGGUCAGACGAAAGGCCUAACUGAUGUCGCCAAAUGUGGUAAGGGCGUACCACGUGUCAGGGAUGAAGACGAUAUGAUUGUCGAAAUUUCAAGUGAAGAACAGGGUCACAGCCCAAGGCAGCAUUAUUUAUCACAAGACGGAUCGGUGAGCGAAAUGUGUAGCAGUGCUAGUAUGAGCAAUGAAAUAACUGAUGAUAAGGAUGGAGAGUUCCGCAUUGGACAAAAGGGAGAAGAGAGCGCGAAGAGGUACCAGGUUUAUCUGCAAACUCUGCUCAAGUUCAGCUCCAUCAACGUUUUAUUAAUGUCCAAAAAGAAACACAAUAAGAGGAACAAAAUGAAGAAGAACAAGUACAUAUUUAUAUUUUGCAAUUUAAUAGAAAAUUUAUUGCAAAAUUGUAUGUUUUAUGUGGACCUUUUUAAUAACUGUAAAAAUAGGGACGUUCUAGAAAUGAACGACGUACUUUCGAAGCUAACGAAGAUGUGCAAGGAAAAUAACAUAAUGGAUGAUUUCAUGCAAGUUAAAAAGGAACUCAUUUAUCAUUCCCUAUUUAAGUAUAUACUUCAAGAGGAAUAUAUUAACCAUUUUAAUAAUAUGGACAAAAAUGAACUAUACAAUAUGAACAAGUGUUCCUUGAAUUUAUUUUAUUUUACUUUAAACAUUUUGUUAACCAUUUUUAACACGGACAUUUCGAUUCAUUUAGAAAGAAGUCUAUUAAACAUUUACCAUUUUAAUAACGACAAUUUGUAUUAUGAUUUAAUUUUGAAUAAUGUGAAGAGGACUGUUCGUUAUAUUAGAGAGAGUUCCAAGUCGUCCUUUAAUUGUAUCUUUGCGUGUGUGCUGUACUAUUUGGGUAAGUGGAAGAAGAACAGAGGCGGGAAAAUGCUAAAGGGAAGAAGCAGUGAAGACAAAAAUAUCCUUUUGAAGAGAAACAUCUCCAAUCAGAGGUUUGCCUCUUCCUACAAUAUGGAAGAGGUACAAGGGGGCUUUUUUUUUAACUUGUUAUCUAAGGCAAAAUGCACAAAUGAUAAUGUGCUAACGGGCAGUGUUAAUAAUAACUGGAAGGACAAUGAGGAUGACCACUCCAAAUGUUAUGCUUGCCCUGGUAAAGAUUCAUACGGCAUUUUUAAGAAGUAUGAAAGGAUAACCCCUGCGAAGGAUAAACAUGUUGAAAAACAGACCACACACAUGACUGCCCACCAAUGGAACGAGAGAAGAAUCAUGAGCCAACUUGUGUACGACACGAUAAGCCCUUAUGUGGACAUAAAACAGAUUAAGGUGUAUAACAAAAUUUACAGCAACAACCACACGAUUAAUGGCCUUAUUAACAUUUGCUUCUCAUUUUUGUUUAACAAUUUCCUAUUUUUGAAGCCUGUCUACCCCUUCGAUAUAGUUUCAAAGGACAAGAGUGAAAACGAAUCAUGCAGGAAAAGAAUAAGGAUGACAAAUUACACCCUUGAUAUAUUUAGCAUGAAAAUGAGUGACAUAAAGGCCGUAGAAUUGUUCCUCUCGUUGUACAUUCACAAGUACAUGCAGAGUAUAUGCUUGGAUGUGAAGAAGUUGGUUGAUUAUAACACGUAUAUGAAUCAGUUUUUUGGUGUGUCCAAUAGGAGAAGCGUCAGUAUUGCUUUCCCUAACACUGACUACACGUAUUUGAACUACGCCACGCGUAAUGUGUAUUACAAGUUUAACGACUACAACGUUUUACAGUUUUUGAUAAAUUUUAAAAAGUCUAAAAGCGAGGGCAAGGAGUUCAUGAUGUCUUUCGUGAAAGUGUUCGAACGGAUGAUCUCCCUGGAUGAGGAAAUAAGCACAGAUUAUACGGAUCCCCUGACAUACAACGUUUACAUGGAUUACCUGAACGAUCUGUUCUUGAAUGACGACUACUACUAUGUGUGCUUUUAUGAGUACAUAAAGAACGUGUACCUGGAGGAGAAUGAAGGAGCGUUCCAAAUUGAGGAUAUGGAUUGUUACAUGAAAGAGCUUAAUGAGAUAAACCCGUACAGAAUAAAAGAAGAAAUGAAAAGGAAGUUUGAUGAAAAUGUGCAGAAAAAUUAUCUCCUCUUGACAAUAAGGAGGAGCAGAAGUAGAAGAGAAAAGGGAACAAGUAGGUCUUGCAAGCUUCACACGCAGCAGACUGGUAAAGACAUAGGCGACGUACAUAAAUUAAUCAGCAAGAGGGAGGACAAAAUCAAAAUUGUUCUGAACAAUAAUCCAUAUCACUUCAAAAACGUGUACAGGGUGUUCAAAAAUCGGCUAUUCAAUCUUAUAAAUAAAAAAAACAUUGAUUACCUGGAAUUAAUAAAAGUGCUAAAUGUGAAACAAUACAAUCAUUUUAGUAACAUGUUUUAUUCCUCGUUCAUACACAUUUUGAGCGAAGUAAAAUAUGAUUACAAUAAACAAUACAAUUUUAAUAUAGCAAAAGUUAUGGACAAAUUAAAUAUUGGAUUGAAGGCAUCUUUUUAUAACAACAAAAAUGUAAUUUUGUACUACUAUACAUUUCAGCAGUAUUUUCAUUUGUAUAAAUUUUUAGAAGAUAAAUAUUUUUCUGAAUUUGUCUUGCCAGAAUAUAUAUUAUUAAAUAUUCCUUCCAGAUUUGUUAAUAAUAUUUUGUACAAUACAAAUUUGUAUCGAAUUUAUUGCUUUUUGAAAUUUUUGUAUAUCCGAAAUGUGCUGAAGCAUGCAGACAUUUUGCUGAAUUUUUUGCUUUAUGUUUAUUAUAAAUAUUUCCAUUAUCAUUAUAGAGGAAAAGAUGAAUUUUCUCAUCAUUUUAUUGAUUUAUUUUUGAGCAUUCAUGAGGAAUCGUAUAAUAACAGCUUGUUGGUCACGGAGCUUAAGGCGAAGGAAAGCUGUGUGGAGAACAACCUACGAGAGAGGGGCAAUCCUCCGGCCAAGAAUUCAGUGUUCGGGGAAAUCGCCUUUACCGCUUCAGCCAAGGAGGGAUCACAUGGAAAAGACGAGAUAGGGAUGGACACGACCAAGCGUGAUGACAAAAACGACGACAUAAUCACAGGGGAGGAAAUGUACAACGAUGAUAAACACGCAAUUAAGGGCGGUAGACAAACACAGAGCGCAUACCAAGAGAUUAGCAACUACGACCUGGUAUUGUCAAACUCGCAAAACAGAUUUUUACAUCUUUUAUUUUUUAAAAUACUAGUCAAUUGUGUCAAGUCCAAAAUUAACAUCCUCAACGCAAAGAAUCUUUUCAACAAUCUGAAUUUUUUCAUUUCUUCCUACGUUAAGUACUCCCUGUUUUACGCAUUUGAAGAAAAAAAUAAAGCUUUCAUGGAUGCCCUAAGACAUAAGUAUUCGUUUUAUAAUUUCCAGGCUGUGAAGAAAAAUUUGAAAAUGUGUGUGUACUUAAAAAAUGUCUACCUUAAGGGGGACCUUUUUAACAGCGACAUUUUGUCCUUCCUCAACAUAGAGUGUAGAGACAAGAGGCCUCAUGCUUAUGGAGGGAUGUCCAAAAAAAAAAAAAAAGGAAGAUAUGCGAACUAUGGUGCACCCCAAUUGAUGAAGGAACAAUUUGGUACCUCUCAAAUUUUGCAGCAUGUUCGUGUAGGGGAUCACUCGUCAGAGUCACCAGAACGGUGCAGCGGAUUCGAGUGUCAGAACGAUGAAACUGCCAAUAGGAAAAGGGCAAUCGGUGUUAAAGAGAAGGAUGUGCGUGGUGUUGAAUGGAGCAAUAAUAACGAAAUGAAUAAGAAGAAAAAGUUACUCUCCGGAGAGGCAUGUCCAAUUCAGGGAGGCGCAGAAGCUAAUUGGGAGGAAAAUUAUCGUGGCAAUAAUGUAGAGGAAAUUUUGACAGACGCAGAAAACCAAAUUGUUGGUGCACAAACCAUAAGAGUAAAAAGGGAGGUGGAAGAAAAAUACGCAAAUGUGAAAAGAUUCAACGAGGGAGAUGUCUUUCAAAGUGAAAAAAAGGAAGAGCAGGAAGAGGACGUGGACGAGGAAGACAAGAGCAAUUCCCGUGAAGGAGAAAGCUCGCAUGACCAAAUUUUCUGCUUGAACAACUUGGAAGACGCUAACAAGGGGCACCACACGCGGGUUGACGCCCACGCGCACCAAGUUAAAGUAAAAAAAGAAGAGCUGAGCGAUGGAAAUGAUACCCAGGCGUCCAUAAAUUCGCUAACCAAAGCAGAUGUGUUACGAAAACAGUUUUUUAAAAAAAGGAGUAGCAAACAGAUUUCAAAAAAGUACUACAUCAACAUGUUAAAGUUUUACUUAGAAAACAGGGCACAAGAGUAUGCUCUAAAUUAUGAGGAAUUCCAGAAGAUGGAGGACAAAUCGAUUUACUUGGUGUUUUUAUUUUUAGGAAAAAUUUUUCAAUUCCUUUUUAAUUCACUCUUAUCGCAAAGCUGGCGUCAGAGUGAUGAAGAUAAAAAUUACAACAAAAGAGAACGCGACAUGAAGGAGGAUUUAAAGGAUGCGCCGGAAUGUCUGGACAGCUCCUAUACAUAUGAAAAUCUUCUUGUGUACUUUAUGCUAAUUACCAUGUGUCAUUACGCGGACAGCCUAAUAUUUCUGAGUGUUCACUAUUUGGACCUUGACCAAAUCGGUUCCAAACAAAGCGUUACAUUGCAGGGUAACUCCGAGCAAAGUACUUCUCAGAAGGGCACCCUACAGCAGCCCUUACCCGCCAACGACGAGAACACGGCUUGGUCCCCCAAGCAAGAACUGAACAAGUAUAAUCUGGCCUGUGAACAGGACAGGAAUGCUCGUGGGGAAGGGGACCACAAGGGCAACAAAAAUCAAAACAAAACUUGCAAUAGCUAUAUGAAAAGGUUAAAUUAUUGUGAAAAGUUACGAAUUGAGAGAAGCCCUGGGAAACACGAAGACGGUAGUAGCAAGAAUGGAAAUGGUUAUGAAAACAAUUUGGAGGGUAAGAAUUUUGUUUUGAAACCAUCGUUCACGAGCACUAGCAGUUAUUAUAUGUGCAGAAAUGAGGCAGUCUACAUUAUGAAUGAAGAUAAGGAAAGCACACAAAUGAUCAUUCCCUUGUAUAAAUUAUUGGUGACUCGAUUGAAAAUUUGCUUAUAUUAUCCCAAGUACUUUUUCCUGGCUUCACUGUUUAGUUACAAAUACGACACAAAGUUGUCGGAUGAUCUGCUUAACCAUGUGAAGGAUCUAAAUUUAAGUGAAGAUGUUAAAUAUUAUACAUGUGCUGUGAAUAAUAAUGGCAAAGGUGCUCUUUCUAAACUUGAUGGGGAUGGCAAUGGAGAUGUUGCCAACGGAUGCAGUAUGGUGGAGGCCCUGAACAGAGGCGAACAGGCUGACCCCUUAAGGGGUCACUUCACCAAUGGCAUAAACAGUGAUGAGAGUAACGAGGAAGAGAAUGACGCACAUGCAAAAAAUGGCAGCCUCGCGUUUGUGAAGAGAAAACCAUGCUUGAGCAUGUGUGUGCAUUAUUACACUGAUUAUCACGAAAAUGGGGACUCCAAUGACUACAAUUUACCAUCUCUUUACAAUUCAUCUAACAGCAUGGAAUAUGAAGAUGCAAACCUCGACAUGGAGGCGAGCGCAGGGGGACAAAAUGGAAGGAAGCACGUGAAGGAGAACAGUGUUCAAAAGGAUGGCACGGGUGAGGUGGCGAAACAGCAGGAGGAGCAGGACGCGUAUGACAGAGAGCUAGACGAAAAAGACAUGAACGAAUUCAAUUACGAUGUACAGAAAUUAAAGGUGGUAAUAAAGAACAUUGAAAUUAGGUACGAAGAUGUCCUUAAUGAUAUAAUCGAAGGCUUAAAUUUCAUUGCGGAAAAUAAAAGCUGCGGAAAUUACAAUUCACAAGCAGCAUACCACCUUUGCAUCUACUACUUUAUGAGAAAGAAUUUUACAAAGUGUAUUCAUUAUGUGAAAUUUUUCAUCAGCAAAGGGAAUUUUAAAAUUUGGCAAAAUGAUUCCUUCAACCAGGACUACUACAACUUGUAUUGCAAAAGAGUCCAAAGGAGUGAUUUUAUGUUCAUCAAAUAUUUCACCAUUGUUCUAGAAGUUACUAAAAACGUUUUGAAAAAUGUCCUAAGUAAAAUAUACGAAGAAAUGUUGUGCGCAAAUGGGAAGGUGCUGGAGGGAAAGUGGUUCAUGGGAGGAGACUUCGCCUCUACCCAUUUGGGAAAAAUGCUAGUAGAUGAAAAAGUUUUAGAUUUAUUUAAGGAAGAAAAGGAGGAAAGGACACCGUUUGAAACUCCAGUCAAAAGCGCAGACGAAGGUAAAGCGGAUGAAGGUAAUGCAGAUGGAAGCAGGACAAAAGAGCAGACAGAAACCAAUGUAAAUGAAUAUAAGAUCUCCCCCAAUAAGGAAAAUGCGAACGAUACGAAGGAAAGACCCAUCCUGAACGACGUCACAAGGGACAUGAAUGACCCAGCUGAGAUGGCAGAAGGGGCAAAAGCGGCAGAAGAGGCAACAGCAGCAGAAGAGGCAACAGCGGCAGAAGAGGCAACAGCGGCAGAAGAGGGUAACAGUGUACCCAAGCAAAAGGAGGACAAAUUGGUAGAAAUUGAAAAUAAGUGGAUAUAUUUAGGGUAUGACCAUUUGGACCACUUAAACGAAAUUUACGACCUACUGAAAAUCCUGUUAGAAAUUUACAUGUACAUGGGCAAAACAAUUAAAAGGUUUAACCAUUUUAAGGUAUUGGAAGAAGCAACUGUCAUAUAUGGGUACAACGUUUCAGUAAUUAAUGUUCUUUUCAAAGUUAUUACGGAACAUUUAUGUUUCAUUUUUGAAGUGCUGUGUUAUUUUACUCCACACAUUUUGGUUUAUCCAAUAAUUUUGUUAUUCGCGAAUGAUGGGAUGAUACCUUGUACCGUCUCAGGGGGGAAUUCUGAAAAUGUGGCGGACACUCCUCGUAGGAGUACCUCCCCGGUUAGCAACAAAUACAGUUAUUUAAAACGAGCCGCAAAUAAUGAAGAGUUAAUGUGCAACAGUUCAUGUGCUACUCUAGAUUUGAGAAUAUUUAAGUUGUUCAGAGAAUUCCUAGCGAAUAAAUCUGUCACCAUGCCAGCUAGUCUAUCCACAAGGAUGCACAACAUCUUUCUCCUGACUUGUAAAAAGGUUUUGUAUUAUCAAAAGAGCGAACAGGACAUCGUUAAAAACUUAAAAUCGUAUAACAGGACGGGGAACAAGAAAAAGUGGGAAGGUAUAAUCAAAUUUGUGGACAAUGUGCUUAAUAACGGAAAUAAAACAAAUUUGUCAGAAUUUUUAAAUUUAUUUAAUAAUGGAAAAUUAUUAAACUGUACCAAUUAUUUGAAUUGCGAAAAUGUAAAAUUUUUAACGAGCAAGCUGAAUUAUAACUCCAGCUGUACAGAUAUGAAUAAAAAUACGCAGCCAAAUCAUUUGGACAAUAACAGUAUUGAAAAGGCAACCUGUGAGGUAGAUAAGGAACGUAUCAUUUGUACUGCCAACGAUGUAGGAAAUGACCUACCAGCUGAUGUUAACACGUCCGUGUUGAGUAACAACGAUUCUGUGGAUGAACACAAAAGCAAAGAAUGGGUCCUUUAUCAUAUAAAAUUAAAUAGCGAUAAGCAUAUUUUCCUGUACGACGAUUUUGAUAUCCUUAACAAUAUGAAAACGAAGAAUGAGGCAUUGAAUUGCGUUAACGCUAUGUUAUCGGAUAAGAAUUCUGCGACCAAAAAGGGAGAAACGUCUAACUGGAAGAAGCGCAAAGCCAUGGAUACGACUAUGACGGAUGCGAAGAACGCCAUACGCGAGCGAGACUUGAGGAGGCUGAAUAGGGAAAAAAGCAAAGUUGUGUAG